AUGGAAACCUCAUGGGAAAAUAGUAACCAAAGCUAUGAAGGAGAAUUCAUCUUGCUGGGAGUGGGAGACAGGCCACGCUUGGAGAUGUUGCUGUUUGUCUUAAUCCUGGCAUUCUACUUGAUGAGCCUCUUCGGCAACACAACCAUCAUUGUGGUGUCGAGACUAGAUCCAGGGCUCCAUACCACCAUGUAUUUCUUCCUCGGCAAUCUUUCCUUCCUUGACAUCUGCUUCACCACCAGCAUUGGGCCACAAAUGCUGGUCAAUUUCUGGAGAGCAAGAAAGACCAUCCCUUAUGGUGCCUGUGUGGCUGAGUUGUACAUUGGUGUUGCUCUGGGCUCCGUGGAGUGUAUUUUGUUGUCUGUCAUGGCCUAUGAUCGCUAUGCCGCUAUCUGUCAUCUACUGCACUACACUACCACUAUGAGCCACUCUCGGUGUAUAACCAUGGCUGCUGUCUCCUGGAUCAGUGGCUUCAGCCAUUCACUAAUUCAUACAGUGAUGAGUCUUAGGCUUCCACUGUGUGGGCAAAAUCGAGUGGAUCAUUUUUAUUGUGAGCUUCCUGCCUUUCUUAAAUUGGCUUGUGUUGACACUUUGCUUAAUGAGGCUUUGGUGCUUUCUGGCAGUGUGGUGUUGCUUAUAGUACCAGUUAGUCUCAUCACGGUCUCUUAUGGCUAUAUAGCAACUGCAGUGCUGAGAAUCCGCUCAGCUGAGGGCAGGAAGAGGGCCUUCAACACCUGUUCCUCCCAUUUGAUAGUGGUCUGGUUCUUCUUCGGCACAGCCAUCUUCAGUUUAAUGAAGCCUCGCGCUACUUCCUCCAGUGUUGAAGUCAAGCUGAUUUCCUUUUUCUAUGUCUUUGUCACCACCAUGCUUAACCCAUUGAUCUACAGUCUAAGGAACAAAGAGGUGCAUAAAGCUCUCCAAAAACUAAUAAAGAAGAAAUAA